AUGAUAACUGCUGAACUACAAUCGAAUCGAAAUUAUCGAAAUGAAUUAUCCAAAAACAAGGAAUUUUUGGAAAAAUCAAUAAUUUUGACAAAAAAUUUUUAUGAUGAGUUAUCGUCAAAAGAGGAAGAAAAAAGAGGGAAAAAUGACCUGGACCUGAGUCCGAGUUAUUUGGAAUUGACUAUGUGGCUAUUAAGGAUGAUUAGAAAUUUUGUUGCUGAAAUAGAGGCAAAUCAAAAUAGUGCAGUAAAAUUUGGGUGGCAUAAAAUUAUCGAAAAAAUCUUAUUUUAUUGUAUCUCGAACCUGCAUCGACAACAAAAUCAACAAAGUACACAAGCAUUAUCAAAUAUAAUUACUGGUAACUCAAUUACGCAAAAAAUCAUCUGGGACGAGCUAUUACUGUCACCUUCGAAAGAUAAAAUAGAACCGCCUAAUGAAGAUUUAUUAAGUAAGUUAGCUUCUUGCGGCGAUGACAUCAUACUUUUAAGUACACUCGUGCUAGUUUUCAAUACUAUCCAUGAUAAUGAAUCACUGUGUAUAGCAUUAAUAGAAUCUAGCACUGGUACUCGAUUACUAAAAAUCAUUUUAUAUGAAGUUCGAUCUUUUAUUAACGAAGAAGAGGAUAUUCUUAAUGAGGAGAAAGAAACAAAGAAAAGUUUUGAAUUGAUAGAUGCUGUGAUGUCCAGAAUAAUAGAAUUAGAUCUUUUCCCGCUACUUUUUGAGAAAUUAUAUGAAUCGGAAGCUAUUGGACCUCAAAAUACCACAAUAAACCAGGAUCAAAUAAUCCUUUUGAAACUACUCUAUUCCAAAAUCUUUAACGAUAAUUCACCAUUAUCGUUACCAAAAUUAUCACAAACAUGUUCCCAUCUUAUUUGUCUAUUUAAUUCAAUUACACCAGAGAUUAUUAAGGAGAUGGAAGCUAUAAAGAAUGAUAACAAUACUACUAACACGCUGUCAGCAGAACUUGAGUCUGAAUUAAUCGAGGAUGGUGCAAUAUCGGCAAAAAUAAACGACACCUGUUUGAGGCUCUUAUUAAAUAUCUUUGGAGACUUGAGCCAAUCUUUAGAUGAUGAAAUAAACGAAGCGAAUGAUUGCAAUAAUAAAGUAGACAUUCGUGAAUAUUUGUUUAAGAAUGGAAUUCUUACAUCUUGUAUAGUCAGUAAUCUGGCAUACGAAAAUAGAAUCGUACAAGAUAAGGUAAGAAAAUUAGGUGGUAUUCAAUUGAUCUUGAAUCAAUGUAACAUCGAUGAUAACAAUCCAUUUCUACGAGAACAAUCAAUAUUCGCAAUUCGAAAUCUAUUAUACCAAAACUCAGAAAAUCAAAAACUCGUUGGUGAACUUACACCGAUCCGUGCUGUACAAAGCGAUGAUUUGGGUAUUGGUAUCAAGACUGUUGGUGGUCCAAGCUAUUCAAAAACACUAUAA